GUACUUUUCAUAUGUUAUUUUGAUCUUACUACAAUGAAGUUGGUAGCCUAAUUAAUUCAUCUAUCUUAUAAUGUAGUGCUCCCUGUGUAUCGUACUUGCUCCGCAAACGAGCUCUUUACGAUGACAUGUCAAGGUACACAUGCUGUGGUGGCUAUAUGCCUUGUAGUGGGAAGUGUGGAGAAAGUAAAUGCCCUGAAUUUUGUCUUUGCACUGAGGUUUUUCUUUGCUUUGCAAAUUCAGUUGCAUCAACACGUUUCAUGUUGCAAGAUGAGUUCAACAUACAGACCACACCGUGUGAUAACUGCAUUAUUGGAUUCAUGCUCUGCCUCCAACAAUUGGCCUGUAUAUUUUCCCUAGUUGCUUGUAUUACCGGCAUUGAUGAACUUCAAGAGGCUUCUCAGAUACUGUCCUGCUUCUCGGAUUUGGUUUAUUGCACGGUUUGUGCUUGUAUGCAGACACAGCACAAGGUUGAAAUGGACAAAAGAGAUGGCAAGUUUGGACCACCACCAGUGAUGGCGGUGCCUCCAGCUCAACAUAUGUCUCGUAUAGAUCAGGGCAUUCCUCCACCAGUCGGAUAUCCAGCACCGGCAUAUGGUACUGUUACUGCUACUGUACUGCUACAGUACUGUUACUAUAUUGUUACCAUUACUGCUACUGUACUGACACUGCUACUAGUACUGCUAACGGAUAUGCCACGUACGAUUACUAUGAUUUCUAAAUGGCUGUUACGGCAUCAAUAUGAGCCACAAACUGACUGA